GUGGCCAGCCUCACUGAUCUGCCUCAGGAUCAUCUUCCCGUCGCCGUCCAAUUGGUCCUCGCAGAUUCCGUUAACCAAGCUCUAACGCCGGACCAGUGGCUCUUGUUGUUCAGGAAUGCAGAUGCUUUUGGGGCUCCGAUUAAUCCGUAUCGGAUCCCACCGGAUGCGGCUGGCUUGUGGCGGGUCGAUAACCCGCGCACAUUUGAUUACAAUGACUGGAUCGUAGGCAGCGAGAACGUAAACUUUACGGGGGACUUUGUGGAGGUCAACAAUCAGGUAGGGCAACUGUAUUUUCACGCCCGCUUAGCAGAGGGAAUCUUCUUUGACCUUCACGAUGGUAACUUCGUCAUGGACGCUGAGUUUGACGGUCCUAUGUUCAGACUCAUGCGACUUACUGUGAGAAAUCACCAGCCGUUCCUUCAGCUUGAGCGUACUAUCACAUUUGCCCACUACUGGUUCGAAAUGGCGUGAGAACUUUGUUAUGAACCCAUCUGUCUUAUCCCCUUUAAUGUUAUUAGCUAAAACGCUGUUUUGUUAUUAUGGUAUGUUAUGUUAUUAGCUAAAACCAUGUUUUGUUAUUAUGCUAACAUGCGUCUUUUCUUAUGAGUAUGAGUAAAACCUCUUUUGCGACUUAUAAAAUUUUAUAUUAUGCCAUCUUAUGUUCGCUGCUAGCUAAAACUAAGUUAUGAAUAUGAACCAUCAUCUAUCUUAUCCCCUUGUUAUCAAGUGUGUUAUUAAGUGUCAACACCUCGUGCCCUCUCACUAUCCCUCUCGCUAUCAUUACAAAAGAAUGGUUACUAGAUUAAUUACUACUACGUUAGGUAAUAACCCGCGCUUUACGCUAUAUGUGAUUAUUUGUUUCGUUAUUUUUAAUAAAAAAACAUUAAAUCUGUUAAAUCUGUUUUUUUUUAGUCUCCUAAAAUAUAGGGCUGAGCAUCAUUACUCCUUAAACUCGUUACUUGACUCGUACCCGUCUUGAAAAUUCAAGUACUCGGUAUUGUCAAGACAAGUAACAAGUCGACAAUUUUCAUUACUUCCAAAAUCAAGUCAAGCAUCAAGUAUUAUUUUUAGUACUUGACUCGUUUCACCCCGUUACUUACUCCAUUACUUGAUAUUUGUUACAUGAUCCAUUAAAUACUUGUUUAUAUUUGACUUUUCUUUUACUUGCAUUUAGAAUUGGACACAAAUACUCAUUAAUCUUCUUACACUUAUUACUUUUUUGUUUCAUAUAUGUCUUGGUUUUUAAAUAUUCGUCAUCUAGUCAAGUAUUAUA